UCCGGUGUCCCUCGGCCACCCUUCUUUGCACGCACCUCGAAGAACUGGUGGUCCCGCGGGAAGCGCACCGGUCGCGGCGAGAACAGAAAGGGUGCCGCCCCCGCCGCGGAGUCCCGCUGCACUGGCAGCGGCUCGGCUGCUCCGGGCGCUCCGGCCAAACGGGCCUGCAACGCAGGGGGUAGCAGCAUCACCCGGGGCGCCGCGCCGCAACUGAUCGGCCACCGUCCGCAGGGCGAAGACGGACGUGACGUCUGCACACUUCCUGUGGCGAUCCAGCGGGGCGGGACGCGAAGCUUGUCUGAGAACAUUGUGAUAUGUUUGUUUCUCAGAGUUCAACCAUGAGUGAAUUUCGAAUUCACCACGAUGUCAAUGAGCUGCUCAGCCUCCUACGUGUCCAUGGUGGGGAUGGAGCUGAGGUUUACAUUGACCUGCUGCAGAAAAACCGGACACCAUAUGUUACGACCAAUGUCUCUGCCCACAGUGCAAAGGUUAAAAUUGCAGAGUUUUCUCGUACACCAGAGGACUUUUUAAAGAAAUAUGAUGAACUGAAAUCCAAAAAUACAAGGAACCUUGACCCACUUGUGUACCUAUUGUCAAAGCUCACAGAAGACAAAGAGACACUGCAGUAUUUGCAACAGAAUGCAAAGGAAAGAGCUGAGCUUGCAGCUACUGCUGCAGCCAGCAGCACCACAAGCUUCAGCAUCCCUGCUGCAGCCUCCAAGAUGUCCACACAGGAGCUGGAGGAGCUGAGGAAACAGCUGGGCAGUGUGGCCACAGGCCCCACACUUCAGCAGUCCCUGGAGCUUACAAGAAAGAUGCUUCGAGACAAACAGAACAAAAAAAAUUCAGGCCAACAGCUCCCAGUCUUCCCAUCAUGGGUAUAUGAGAGGCCAACAUUGGCUGGAGAUUUCCUGAUUGGUUCAGGCUUUAGCUCAGACACAACUUUGCCAAUAGGUGCACUGCCCUUGGCCUCCCAGGAGUCAGCAGUGGUGGAGGACCUGCUCUAUGUGCUUGUGGGUGUGGAUGGAAGAUACAUCACUGCUCAGCCUCUGGCAGGGAGGCAGAACCGAACCUUCCUUGUGGACCCCAACCUGGACCUGUCCAUCCGGGAGCUGGUGAACAGAAUUCUCCCUGUGGCUGCCAGCUACUCCACUGUGACCAGGUUCAUUGAGGAGAAAUCUUCAUUCGAGUAUGGGCAGGUGAACCAUGCCUUGGCGGCUGCCAUGAGAACCCUGGUAAAGGAAUACCUGAUCUUGGUCACACAGCUGGAACAACUCCAUAGGCAGGGCCUCCUGUCACUGCAGAAGCUCUGGUUCUACAUCCAGCCAGCCAUGCGCACCAUUGACAUCCUGGCCUCCCUUGCUACCUCGGUGGAUAAAGGCGAGUGUGUGGGUGGGUCGACGCUGAGCCUUCUUCAUGACAGGAGCUUCAACUACACAGGGGAUAGCCAGGCACAGGAGCUAUGUCUGUAUCUGACCAAGGCGGCCAGUGCACCCUACUUUGAGGUCCUAGAAAAGUGGAUCUAUAGGGGUAUCAUCCAUGACCCAUACAGUGAGUUCAUGGUAGAAGAGCAUGAGCUACGAAAGGAGAAGAUCCAGGAAGACUACAAUGACAAGUACUGGGACCAGCGCUACACUGUACUGCCACAACAGAUUCCAUCCUUCCUGCAGAAGGUGGCUGGCAAGAUCCUCAGCACAGGAAAAUAUCUAAAUGUGGUCAGAGAGUGUGGUCAUGAUGUCACUUGCCCUGUGGCCAAAGAGAUUAUCUACACACUGAAAGAGCGGGCAUAUGUAGAGCAGAUUGAGAAGGCAUUUAAUUACGCCAGCAAGGUGUUGCUAGAUUUCCUCAUGGAGGAGAAGGAACUGGUGGCCCACUUAAGGUCCAUCAAGCGUUACUUCCUGAUGGAUCAGGGAGACUUCUUUGUGCACUUCAUGGACCUCACCGAGGAAGAGCUCAGGAAGCCAGUGGAAGAUAUCACGCCCACACGCCUGGAGGCUCUGCUGGAGCUGGCCCUACGCAUGAGCACUGCCAACACUGAUCCCUUCAAAGAUGACCUCAAGAUUGACCUGAUGCCUCAUGACCUUAUCACUCAGCUCUUGCGGGUUCUGGCUAUUGAAACCAAGCAGGAGAAGGCAAUGACCCAUGUUGACCCCACGGAGCUCACACUGAGUGGCUUGGAGGCAUUCUCUUUUGACUACAUGGUCAAGUGGCCUUUGUCACUUAUCAUCAACAGAAAAGCACUCACACGCUACCAGAUGCUCUUCCGGCACAUGUUCUACUGCAAGCAUGUGGAGCGGCAGCUCUGCAGUGUCUGGAUCAGCAACAAGACCGCCAAGCAGUAUGCGCUGCACUCUGCAAAGUGGUUUGCAGGUGCCUUCACUUUGCGGCAGCGAAUGCUCAACUUUGUCCAGAAUAUUCAAUACUACAUGAUGUUUGAAGUGAUGGAACCAACCUGGCACAUCCUAGAGAAAAACCUGAAAUCAGCCUCCAAUAUUGACGAUGUCCUUGGUCAUCACACAAGCUUCCUGGACAACUGCCUGAAGGACUGCAUGCUGACCAACCCUGAGCUGUUGAAGGUCUUCUCUAAGCUCAUGUCUGUGUGUGUCAUGUUCACUAAUUGCAUGCAGAAAUUUACACAAAGCAUGAAGCUAGACAGUGAGCUGGGCCGGCUGGCACUGGAUCAGGGCACUGUGCAGAGGUCAUCUACAGAGGCUGAACGGGCUGAGGAGUGCUCACGGAAAGAGCCUACCAGGAAGCACUUGUCUGAGCAUGUGGAUACUCCGCAGCUGGCUUCUGGCUUUGAGGCCACCAUCAACAACUUUGACAAGAAUUUUUCUGCCCAUCUGCUUGAUUUGCUGGCUCGGUUGAGCGUCUACAGCACCAGUGAUUGUGAACACGGCAUGGCCAGUGUCAUCUCCAGGCUGGAUUUCAAUGGCUUCUAUGCAGAGCGCCUGGAGCGUCUGUCUGCAGAGAGGAGUCAAAAGAUCGCCCAAGUCCCUGUCCCACGGGGGCCUCCAGCAUCCACACCCAGGGUGGCUGUCACUGCACAGUGACCCCUGGCUGCAUGGAGAAGAGAUGGGAGCCAAUAGUGCUGUAGUUCAGAUGAGCACAGGAUUUUUAAAUCACAUUUUUCUGGAACCAAUGUUACAACUUAAAUAUAGUCUGUUAACAUCUUG